AUGAUGUUUGUGGUAUGCACUAUUCUAAAAGAGAGAUGGAUAGGAAUGAGUGGAAGAAGAACUAAAUUAAACGGAGAGGAUAUCUCAACUCGAUCUUUCCCAAUAUUAUCACAAGCAUAUUUAUACACCACUAGCCCGCAUCUUUUCAGUGAAGAGGCAGAAAAGGCAUUUGCUCGAGUUAGAGACAAGGUAAAGAUGCCAUUAUACGGCUGUGAUUGCUAUGCUUACGCUCUCCUGGCUUCUGGAUUAGUCGAUCUUGUUAUUGAAUCCGGUCUAACGCCAUAUGAUUUUCUAGCUCUGGUGCCUGUAAUACAAGGCGCUGGAGGUACUAUAACCGAUUGGAACGGGAACUCACUUCUGUGGGAAGCUUCAUCCAGUGCAUUUGCUACAAGCUUUAAUGUGGUUGCAGCAGGAGAUUCAGACAUUCAUCAGCAAGCAUUAGAGUCACUUAAGUGGCAGUGAAAAGGUUUAGCUGGUACGUUGAUUAGUUACUCUAUG